AACACUCAGCUCGCACACGAGCUGGUGACAAGUGCGGAUUUCUCCGAGAAACUCACGCUCCGGUACGACAACGAGGUGCAAGCCAUGUACCGGCACACGGUUACCAUGGCUCUGCUCAUUAUCGUGGUGUACUUCAUCCAUCCAGACACUGGUGAGCAAGAGGUCGAGACCCAUUGCUUCUUCAGCGAGGACCCCACACAAGAUGCGCCGUUUGUCAACCUUGCCUACAAGCUCUUGCUGCAGAACCUAGCCGAGAGGCUUCCUGCAUUGCGAGCCUCCAUUCGCGCGUGGUUCAGGUGGUCCGACAACUGCGCUUCUCAGUUCAAGUGCGCUGAUGCCUUUCUCCUGCAAAGCCAGUGGCUGGGCAGCACCGGUCUAUACGUCCAACAGGACUACACGGAGGCCAGCCAUGGCAAGGGGCUGCACGACUCGGAGGGUGGCAUCGUGAAGAGGGCGGUCAACGAUGAGUUGAGAAGGCAAGGCGGGGAGCUGCUGAAGACCGCUGAGGAGGUUGUGGGCUUCUGCAGCAGGAACCUGUCGGUGCCCGCCUCCCAGGAGAUCCUCUCUGGAGAACCUGACUCUGCUCGCAUCAAGCAGCGGAACUUCUACCUCCUAACAGCUGCAGACAUCCAGGCGGAGCGACAGUCCUUUGCCAAGGGUUCAAAGCCUGUACCCCAAACCCAGAAGGUCCACUCAGUGCAGUCAAGCAUGCUUGCCGGCGCUGUCGGCUGGCGGCUGCUCAGCUGCUACUGUGAUUCCUGCCGGCACUCUGCGGCACGAAUUGACACGGAGGACAUGGGGUGCGCUAACACGCACCAUGUCAGCGACUGGGAGGUCCAUGAGUUGCAGCCCCCGGACGCCCUUCAGCGCGAUCGGGAGGCAGCCCUGCUUGCGUCUGUGAAGCCUGGCGAGGUGGUUGCGCUUGCCAACACGGACCCCGUCAACUACCCCCAGUACGAGUACUGCCUGAUGGAGGUGUCUUGGUGCGGGGAGAUUGAGGACAACCCGUGGAAGGACGGCGACGGCGUCACGUUUCCGGUAGACACCGCUGUAAUCAAGGGCCGUUGGCUAGCGUACGCCAAGGAGAGCAGCAAACUGCAGUUCAUAGCGGACAAGGGUGGCCGCAUGUCAGGGGCAAGGCUGUCAGAUCUCAUCUGGGCUUCCGUCCCCUUUAGGCGUGGGAGCAAGGGGGUAAGCCACAUCAUCACCGCUGCAACUGACGCAACUAUCCGUGAGAAGAUGCGCACAAUCGUGUGACAGGAGCCUAAGAGCGUUAGCAAAUUACCCCUGCAUAAGGGCUCUAGAUAAGUUAUUGGAUGAUGUGGUUUGGUUCCUGCUCCCCAUCUCAUAGGGAUCAUAAGUGUUUUCGGGCCACGGUAUGCGUGUCAAAACGAACGAAUUUAUUAUUGCGAGCAUGUGCUAGUUUGUACAGGCAGUUCAAGCUCAUGUCCUUUGUGUGCCUUUUGUAUGGGAUACACGCGGUGGUGGGUUUUAUUUGCAGAUCAGCAUGCCGGAUGCCCCUUGUGAGGUUGGGUAUAGUAUGGAUUUGGGAUGGAUUGCCGACCGUGCGUGUGUGGUGUGUAUGGAGUACAUGUACUGUGUUGUGCUUCCUUACGUUGCAUGCCUUUUGGGUAACGAGUAGAAGGCAUAGCAAGCUAAGGCCUAGCAAGCUCAAACAUUUACGGCCUUUGGGGAAGUGGUUAUGAGUCGUUUCCCGGGCUUGGGUUGGCCGCGGUAUGGCUGGUUGGGACAUGUCCCCGCGGCAGCGUUCGGUGCGGCACAACUUCCCUUUUUGCGCAAACAUUUAGCGCGUCAUAAACGAUUAAUC